AUGGAGAGUUCUGCGCGAGAACUUCGAGAUGGCGAACGCCGCGCACGCGAACUAUACCAUUACUUUCAACCCGACAAUCCAGCGCUGCUUCCGACCGAAAAGCCGACGGGAAAAUGCGUCGACACCUCGCUGAAGUCUCCGGGAAAGGCCAGUCCCAAUCUGGUGUUGACGGCCCUCGCUCAAUUGGCGGCGAUGAGGCUUGGUGUUCAACGGGCGAUAAUCAGUUUGAUUGAUCGCGAAACGCUUUACGUGGUAGCAGAGGCUUCAAAAUCGCUCAAUUUGGACAAAAAUGAUCUGUAUGACGAUGAUGGCGACGGUCUCUGGAUGGGCUGUGCGCGCGGUCCUGUUUCGGGGACUCUCUGUGAGAAAACCAUCACCCUACGAUCCUCUAGCGAAGAAAGAUUCCCAUUCUUUAUUGUGGACGAUUUGCAACACCACCCGACAUUUUGCAAUAUCCCUUGUGUUGCUGCAGCUCCCUACUUCCGGUACUACGCAGGCACACCCUUGAUCACAAGCAACGACAUCACCAUUGGAAGUCUAUAUGUGAUCGAUCCUCGACCGAACCUAUCUUUGACGGAAUCCCACAAAGAAACUCUCGGGACUAUAGCGAAUGCCGUUAUGGAGUACAUGGAAACGUCACGUCAAUCGCUAGAAGCGGAUCGCUUGGCCAAAGUGCUCUCAGGCCUCAAUUCCUUUGUGCAAGGUGCCGUCACUUCGGAAACCUCCAGCAAAGCAACAUACCAGAGUGCCGGCCUUUGGGACCAGGACUUAUCUCAUACCCAGAGCCCGUAUCAGACUCCUUGUUCGACCACCGAGUAUGAAUCAGACUCGUAUUUCAAAGAUUUUGCACAGAUUCGCUCAAAAUCUUCAAUAAAUCAAACAAUGAGUGCCGAUAAUUCCGAUACUCCUCGGUUUACUCGCUCUUCCCGUUCUCCCCGAUCUGCCCGGUCAAGUCGCUCUGGUCGCUCCCCUCGAUGCACUCCUUCUCCGCCUAUUCCUCCUUCCCCUCCUUCCCUCCCUUUAGAUCGCGAGCAUAAAAGCCAAGGAGCCCUGAAUUCACCAGCGUAUCCCAGUAGCCAUGGGAUGAGGCAGACUUUUCAACGCGCCGCCGACACCAUCCGUCAAAGCCUGAAUCUGGGUAAAGAUGGAGGUGUCGUGAUUUUCGGCAACAACGCUCGCAUAGAACUUCCAACAACCCUUGAUAUGGAACAAGACUCAGAGUCAAAGCGAAAAUUUGCCACAAUAUGGGCCAUGUCGGAUACGGAAGCUCAAUCUGACCGAAAUCGCGGGGUGUUACAGUCCCACCCGGCUGCAGAAUUGGAUCUACAUUUCGCUCGCCGAUUCUUGCGGCGUUAUCGGCGUGGUGGUCUUUGGCACUUUCACCAAGAUGGAACAGCCUUUUCUUCUGAUGAGGACGACACUGCCAGCUCCGGGACUCAACAAGGACCCCCUGAUCUUCCAUCUUCGCCGCCAUUUUCAAUGAACCCGCAGUCAUUCGGUGCAUUGCGUGAGAAAGACCAGCAGGCACUGAAGAAAUACUUUCCCAAUGCAAAGAGAAUAAUGUUCGUUCCACUUUGGGAUUCAUUCAAUUCUCGGUGGUUUGGAGGCUGUUUCAGUUGGAGCUGUCUUGAGACUCGCGUCUUUAGCGCCCACGUUGAGCUUGGCGGGAUUUUUGGAUUUGGGUCUUCUUUGAUGGUCGAGUACAGUCGCAUCCAGAGUCAAGAGUCGGACAAGAAAAAGGACGACUUCAUUAGUACCAUAUCACACGAAUUGCGCAGUCCCCUGCAUGGUAUCCUGGCAGCCAACGAGUUUCUUGCCGAGUAUGUCGAAUCGGAAUUUGCUAAAAGACUGCUUGACACAAUCCGUGCUUGUGGUCAAACUCUACUUGAUACCUUUGAGCAGAUUCUAGAUUUCGCCAAGAUCAACUCUUUUGCAAGCAAACGCCAGCACGUGGAAUCUAGCUCCCCAUCUGAUUCCAGUCGACAGGCUGCAGGAAAUGGUGCUUCUCCAGCACAGCCACUGCGCAUUCUCAAGCUAGUCGAUGUCGUUGCGAUCAUUGAAGAUGUCGUCGAAAGUGUCUACUCGGGUCGCAUUCUAUCAGGUGCAAUGAAUCCAGGCAAUAGUGCACUUGGAAGAUGGUCUUUGGGCACAGAAGGCAAUAAUGGAUCCACGGAAUCUACUGAUACUGGGGGUAUCGACGUUUUUAUCAAUGCUGAACCUCGAGACUGGGAGUUCCUCCUGGAACCUGGGGCAUUGCGACGUGUCGUCAUGAAUGUCUUUGGAAAUGCACUGAAGUACACUCAAAAAGGAACCAUCUCGGUUCGCCUGGAGGUCCUCCAAGCCAAAGGAAGCUGCAGCCCGACGUCGUCCGAAGCCGUUGGCUCUCUAGAACUUCUUUUAACAAUCUCCGACACCGGUAAAGGCAUUUCGAGUCAAUAUCUUCGAUCCGAUAUUUUUACGCCAUUCUCCCAAGAAGAUGUCUUAUCACAAGGCACAGGGCUUGGUCUCUCACUUGUUCGUGACAUUCUCCAGUCACUGAAUGGCGAUAUUACAAUCGAAAGUCAGGUCGGAGUGGGCACUACUGUGAAGAUGACAUUCCCACUGGGGCAACCUGGAGAGCAGAAAGUCCUUGAUCACUCUCCCGCGAUUGUCGACUCGGUGCCUGUUACAUCGAAUCUUAUCAGGCAACUGAAGGCAGGGCUUCAAGGAAAGGUUCUGCAUUUCGUCACCGCCCCGGAUUCACCAUACACUAUUCCAACUUCGAACCAUGUGAUCAAAAAUUAUCUGACCGAAUGGUUUGGAAUGAAGUUUAAAGAUCCAGAGACCCCUAAAUUCGUCGACUUGCUAGUUGUUGAUGAGCGUGAAUUGGAUCUCAUCGGAAAUCCACAUCCUGAAACGUCACUUCUGAUCCUAUGCCAUCGCAGACCUUCGUGGUCAAACAUGAUGGAAUCGACCAAGCAGCCUCCAAAUGCCAUCUGGCUUACACUUCCCUGUGGUCCUCAUCAACUCGCUCGAACCUUAAUGGGGUCCCUCAAGUGCUUGAAGCCAAGCCAACGAUACCAGCUAGACGAGCCAUCGCCAGUUGGAUUCACCGAGCAACUUUCCGAGCUCAACAAUAUCUUGAAGAACCACAGCUUAUCGGAUCAGCAAACGAUGAGACUCGCUUUGGCGCCUGAUGCCCCACAUAUUCAACCAGCACCAAACACCACCACCACACACAUUGGACUUGUUUCUAAAGCCAAACCAGCUUCGCAUGAUUUACAAGCCGAUCAACCCGGUAUCAAUCUUUAUAAGCAACCGCUGACUGAGCCCGGAGCUGGCAUCCGGAUUCUUUUGGUGGAAGACAACGCAAUCAAUCUCGCUCUCCUCGAGAAAUAUCUCGCACGAACAAACCCCGAGAUCUUACACACAGCUGUCAACGGACAAGAAGCUGUCAAAGCAGUCCAGGCGAUGGCCAGUGGUUAUAAGUACAUCUUCAUGGACUUGUCAAUGCCCAUAGUGGACGGUUUCGAAGCAACUCGGUCCAUUCGAUCAAUCGAACGGGCACGACAAACGGACCCGUCUGCCAAAAUCGUCGCGCUCACUGGCUUGGGAUCCGACGAACAUAUUGUGAAAGCGUAUGCCGCUGGCGUCGACGUCUUUCUAACAAAACCUAUCUCUUUCAAGGACAUUUUGAGGUUACUGGAUGAGCGAAUAGAUCAUCCACCUGGACAUAGGCAAUGA